AUGAAACCGUCGAAAUCACUAGUGGAGGACAGAAACAACUCUCGGCGCAAUUACGAGGAUGAGGAUGAUGAAUCGGACGAAACCUUCGACUCUGAUGAGUCGUCUGAAUCCGAUGAGUCAUCAGAAUUUGAGAGUUCGGAUGAGGAGGAGACGGAGGAACUGGAGACGCCUUCUGGACGGGAUCGUAAAUGCUGCCUCUGUUGUGCGUGCUGCGAAUGCUUUCUUUGUUUUCGCUUUCCGGGUAAAUUCAUCUGCGACAAGCUGUACUACAGAAUUCAGCGUAAAAUCAACGGCUGUCCUGCUGCGUGUCCUACAUUCAUUCCCAGAAGCGUUGAAGAAGAGUGGCGUUUCAAAGGCAAAUAUGGAGCCCGAUUUGCCAUUUGCGAAAGCUGCGCUAGUGCAGAGUGCGUUGUGGGUCUCAAAUGGCUAGACGCAAUAUGCUGUCCCAUUUGUGCUCUCUGGGAGAUUGUAAAGGGCAUUGAUUUUGGCUAUCGCAGAUUUCGAAUACAGGCCUACAUACACAGGCACCAUGAAGCUGUCAGAGGCUUCAAAACCAUAUGGGUCUGA